AUGCCAAGGCGCGCCAACACCCCACCUUGGGCAGAUAAGAGUAAAUCUUGUCGAUAUCAUCGCAACAGAGGCCAUACGACAGAGGAGUGCACCACCCUAAAAGAUAAAAUAGAAGAUUUGAUUAAAGAUGGGCACUUGAGAGGAUUUGUUCAAACAGAUCCCACCGACUACACCGAAAGGGGAAGGAGAGAUCGGUAUCCCCAAUCCUCAAGAAGGUAUAAGGAUAAGCAGCCUGAGAGACAGCGGAGCUGGUCAAGAGAGCCUCCUGUAAGAAGAUUUGAUGAACGAGAAAAAUACCCGAAAAGGGUAAUCAACACCAUAGCUGGUGGGUUCGCAGGUGGAGGACCCACUCAUUCAGCUAGAAAAAGGCAUCUCUGGCAGAAUGAUCCCAUGGUCAUUAAUGUAGACAUUCUUAAUUGUACUAUCCGAAAAACACUAAUUGACCAGGGGAGCUCGUUUGAUAUUCUGUAUUGGAAUACGUUUAAACAAUUAGGCAUUCCAGAAGAAGAGCUCAGAGAAUAUCAUGAACCACUGGUGGGUUUCUCUGGGGAACGAGUGGAGACUCGGGGCUGUAUUGACCUGUACACCUCAUUCAGGUUAGAGCACGAGGGAAAACGUAUAAAAGUCACUUAUCUUGUAGUGCAUGCAAACACUUCCUAUGAUAUACUACUCGGCAGACUAUCCCUAAACAAAUUGAAGACCAUAGUAUCUACUCCAUACUUGGUCAUGAAGUUUUCGUCUGAAAGGGGCCGAAUCGUUACAGUUCACGCUGACCAGAAGACGGCUAGAGAAUGCUACUUUGCAAGCCUACAUCUUAAGCCUUUCCAUGGGAGCAGCCGAGAUGUCAACAUUGUAUCCCCUCGGUUGGUAGAGGAGUUGGAUUUUGAACUCGAUCCUAGAGUGGAUGAGGGGUAUCGGGUUGAGCCCAAUGAAAACAAGUAG